CGCCUUCGGGGGAAGCUCCUUCCACAGCCAUCUCCCAACAAACAUCAUCCACACCGCAACCUCAGCAUUUUCCCAUCUACCACGGACGCUGAAAACAUUAUUAUUCAAUCAGCUAUUUGGACCACCGUCCUGUCGUGCCGCCGAGCGGCUUCUUAACGACCAUGACGAAACUCCCGAGAUUGGUCGCAUCGGGCGGACUCCUGCUGACGACAUUGGGGUCCGCCGUCGCCGACACCAUCUACACGCCGAAACAUGAAGCCGGUCGCUGUGCGAUUCGGGGCCAUUGCGGCUCAAAGAACUUCUUCAGUGGCCAGCUACCUUGCGUCGAUAAUGGACUCGCCGAGGAGCCCGACGCCAAGUUGCGCGAGCAAUUGACCGAGCUCUGUGGCCCGAAAUGGGCUCAGGGCCCUGUUUGCUGCAACGCCGAGCAGGUCGACACACUCAAGUCCAACCUUCAAACAGCAAAUCAGAUCAUCUCGACAUGCCCCGCGUGCAAGGACAACUUCUACAACAUGUUCUGCACCUUCACCUGCUCGCCCGACCAGUCGCUCUUCAUCAACGUGACACAGACAAUGGAGAAGGGCGGAAAAACGCUGGUGAGGGAGCUCGAUCAGCUCAUCUCGGAAGAGUAUGGGACAGGAUUCUACGACAGCUGCAAGGACGUCAAAUUUGGGCCGACAAAUUCGAAGGCCAUGGCCUUGAUCGGUGGUGGCGCCAAGAACUACACACAACUGCUCAAGUUCCUCGGCCAGGAACGGUUUGGGGGCUCGCCGUUCCAAAUGAACUUCCCGAGGAGCUACCCACAGAAAGAUAUGGACCCGCUCCCAAUGAAGCCCAAGAAGUGCAACGACGAGGACCCCAACUUCCGCUGCGCCUGCAUCGAUUGCCCCGCCGUCUGCCCCGAGCUCCCGGCCGUUAAAGAGGCGGGGUCGUGCCACGUUGGGGCAUUGCCAUGCCUGUCGUUUGCGUCCAUCCUCACAUACAGCGUGUUUCUGUUCCUGUGCGCCGCCGCCGUGAUCGGUCAUCUGGCUUGGAACAGGCAUACAAGGCGGAGGAGUGAGCGGCUCAGACUCCUCACGGAUGCAGCGCCGAGUGACGACGAGGACGAGGGCGGAAUCACCGAAAACGGCGCCAUGUUCGACCGGCCGCAGAAGACCUACAUCGUCAACACAUGGUGUGACGCCGCCUUCGCCCGGCUGGGGCAUAUGGCUGCGAGGUUCCCUGCCCUGACCAUUGUGGGCAGCACCCUUGUGGUGCUCUUACUCAGCGCUGGCUGGUUCCAUUUCGAGAUUGAGCAGGACCCGGCCCGCCUAUGGGUGAGCCCGACUUCAGAGGCAGCUCAGGAAAAGGCCUUCUACGACGACAAUUUUGGCCCGUUCUAUCGAACUGAGAAGAUCUUCCUCGUGAACGACCUUAACACUUCGGCUCCUGCGCCGGUGUUGGACCGUGACACUCUCCUGUGGUGGAUCGACGUCGAGGCGAGUGUCCGGAGUCUCAGGGGAAGUAAGUUUGAGAGCACUCUUCAGGACCUUUGCCUCAAGCCCACCGGCGAUGCUUGCGUUGUUCAGUCAGUCGCGGCAUACUUCCACAACGAUCCCCAGGAGGUGGAUAGUGGCGACUGGAAGGCCAAGCUGAGAGAGUGUGCCGACUCACCGGUCAACUGCCGUCCUGAGUACGGUCAACCUCUGGAGCCGAACAUGAUUCUCGGAGGUUACGCCAAGUCUGGUGACCCCGCCGAUGCCACGGCCAUGACAGUGACCUGGGUCCUGAACAACUAUCCCGAGGGGUCUCCCGAGGCGGACCGCGCAAUGGAUUGGGAGGAGGCUAUGAAGAAUCGGCUGCUGGCACUCCAAAACGAAGCUAGUGAGCGGAACCUCAGGCUCUCCUUCUCGACCGAAAUCAGUCUGGAGGAAGAGCUGAACAAGUCGACCAACACCGACGCCAAGAUCAUCGUCAUUAGCUAUAUCAUCAUGUUCCUGUACGCAUCGAUUGCUCUCGGGUCCACAACGCUGUCGUUCCGAGACCUCAUCCGCAACCCCGCUAUCUCGUUCGUUGAAUCCAAGUUCACCCUCGGCGUGGUGGGGAUCGUCAUAGUGCUCAUGUCCAUCACGGCGUCUAUUGGGCUGUUUUCUUGGGUAGGCCUCAGGGCGACCCUUAUUAUCGUCGACGUUAUCCCCUUCAUUGUGUUGGCCGUCGGCGUGGACAACAUUUUCUUGAUCGUUCACGAGUUCGAGCGGGUGAACAUCAGUCAUCCCGAUGAUGCGGUCGAGGUCAGGAUCUCCCGCGCGCUUGGUCGCAUGGGACCCUCGAUUUUGUUCUCUGCCAUCACCGAGACCAUCUGCUUUGCACUGGGCGCGUUUGUCGGAAUGCCGGCGGUGCGCAACUUUGCCAUCUACGCGGCUGGCGCCGUGUUCAUCAACGCGAUCCUCCAGGUCACCAUGUUCGUCUCGGUUCUCACGCUUAACCAGAUCAGAGUCGAGGACUUCCGGGCGGACUGCUUCCCGUGUGUGCAGGUUAAGUCGGCGAGGAUUCACCUGAACGCUAACGGCGGGAACAACGGGGCUCGGUACUACGAAGCACCAUCGGAGAGUUUGCUCCAGCAGUUCAUCCGCAAGACGUACGCCCCGAGGCUACUAGGGAAAAAGACCAAGGCGGUUGUUAUUACCAUCUUCCUUGGUAUCUUUGCUGCCGCAGUCGCGUUACUCCCCGAGGUCCAACUUGGACUAGACCAGCGGGUCGCGAUCCCCGACGACUCUUACCUAAUCCCGUACUUCAACGAUCUCUACGAUUACUUCGACGCUGGGCCGCCUGUCUACUUUGUCACGCGCGGGUUCAACGGCACCGAGAGGGAACAGCAGCAAAAGAUCUGCUCUCGCUUCACCACCUGCCAACAACUCUCUCUCACCAACAUCCUCGAGCAAGAGCGGAAGCGGGAGGAGGUGUCAUACAUCGCGUCCCCGACGGCCGGCUGGAUGGACGACUUCUUUCAGUGGCUCAAUCCCGACAACGAAAAGUGCUGCGUGGACGGCCACACGCCCUGUUUCUCGCGGCGCGAUCCCACUUGGAACAUUACCAUGGCUGGCAUGCCCGAAGGCGACGAGUUUGUCCACUACCUCGAGAGGUUCCUCACCGCGCCAACCAAUGAAGACUGCCCCCUGGCCGGGCAGGCCUCGUAUGGCUCGGCGGUCGUCGUUGACGAAGAUCACACCACCAUCCGUGCCAGCCACUUCCGCGCCAUGCAUUCCCCACUCCGCAGCCAAGACGACUUCAUUAAGGCGUACGCCUCGGCCCGCCGUAUCGCGCACGACGUCAGCACCAGCACGGGCCUCUCCGUCUUCCCUUACUCCGUCUUUUAUAUCUUCUUCGACCAGUACGCGACCAUCGUCCAGCUGACGGCCGCCCUGCUCGGCUCAGCCGUCGGCAUCGUUUUCCUGGUAUCCUCGCUUCUUCUAGGGUCAGUCCUUACGGCCGCGGUGGUAACCGUCACGGUGAGCAUGGCGCUGGUCGACAUCGUCGGCGCCAUGGCGCUCAUGGGCGUCAGCCUGAACGCGGUGUCGCUGGUCAACUUGAUCAUAUGCGUCGGCAUCGCCGUUGAGUUCUGCGCACACAUCGCGCGGGCCUUCAUGUUCCCCAGCCGCACCUUCAUGGAGCGCGCCCGCAACCGCUUCCGCGGCCGCGACGCUCGCGCCUGGACCGCGCUCGCCAACGUCGGCGGCAGCGUCUUCUCGGGCAUCACCAUCACGAAAGUGCUUGGCGUCGCCGUGCUCGCCUUCACCAGGAGCAAGAUCUUUGAGAUCUACUACUUCCGCGUGUGGGUCGCGCUGGUCGCGUUCGCCGCCACACACGCCCUCGUCUUCCUGCCCGUCGCUCUGUCGCUGUUCGGCGGCGAGGGCUAUGUCGACCCCGAGAGCGACGGCGGCUUAGAGGAGGACCUCGCCAGCCGCCGGUAUCGCGAGCUUGCGCCCGGGGAGGUGUCGGAUUCCGAGGAUGAGAACUAGGGGCAGUCUGCGUCCACGUCUAGGGCUCAGCCUGGGGCUGGGAUUGGAGCUGGGGUUGGGAAUGCGUCUGCGGGCGCGAGUUCGGGUGCGGAUGGAGGGAGGAGUGGUGGAUUCCGGAAGAAUGCCCGG